AUGCCGCGUUCUUCCUCCCCAUCGGCGUUUGUCCAGUCCUCGCCAGACACCACGUUGAAACAGUCUCGCUACACCUUUCGUCACCUUCACCAGCUCCGCCAGAAUUCGCCAUCAAGCCCUCUGAGGGUCAUUGCGCACAUUGAUCUCGAUGCCUUCUAUGCACAAUGUGAGAUGGUUCGCCUUGGUACUCCGCGGGAUACACCUUUGGCCGUUCAACAAUGGGAGUCACUCAUCGCCAUCAACUACGCCGCGCGUCCCUUUGGAAUUACUCGGAUGUUAUCGGCCACUGAGGCGAAGAAGAAAUGUCCAGAAUUAGUGCUCCAGCAUGUUGCGACGUUUCGAGAAGGUGAAGGGGGAACAUGGGCUUAUCGUGAUGAUGCUUCCACCAACAUCAAAACUGACAAGGUUUCUCUGGAUCCCUACCGAACACAAUCGCGCAAGAUCUUGAGCACGAUCAAAGAGGAAGUCGCAAAACAGAGAGAUCAAAUUCUGUCUUCCGGAGAGCUUGCUCCUUUGGUGGAAUUCCAGGCCGCAAAGAUCGAGAAGGCUUCUAUCGAUGAGGUCUUUAUUGAUUUGUCAUCGCUAGUCUACGCUACUUUCUAUCAACGCUAUCCUGAGCUCAGAAGAGAACCUACGGCAUCUGACAGAAACACUCAACUGCCUUCACCUCCUACAACAGCACUAGAGUGGUCCCCGGAUGACGGUCUACUUGACCUAGACGACCAGGAAGCCGAAGAGGAUGACCCUGAUUGGGAUGAUAUCGCGAUGUUCAUUGGCGCCGAGAUUAUACGAUCCAUCCGCAAUGCAAUUUGGAAUAAAUGGAAUUAUACAUGUUCCGCCGGCAUCGCUCGGAACAAAAUGAUGUCCAAACUAGGAAGCGCACGUAACAAACCCAACAAGCAAACGAUCAUUCGCAAUCGCGCAAUCCAGAAAUUCUUGGGGGGCUUCCAGUUUACCAAGAUCCGAAUGCUGGGAGGAAAAUUAGGGGAGCAAAUAAGUAAUGAGUUCGGAACCGAAGAGGUCAAGCAGUUGUUGAAUGUAUCAAUUGAGCAAUUCAAAGCCAGAUUAGAUGAUGACACUGCAGUCUGGCUGUACAAUAUCAUUCGAGGUAUCGAUGAUAGCGAGGUCAACCCUAGAAUACAGAUCAAGUCCAUGUUAUCAGCCAAAUCCUUCCGCCCUAGCAUCAACUCGGCGGAACAGGCACAAAAAUGGCUGCGAAUAUUCGCUGCUGAUCUCUACAACAGAUUGGUCGAGGAUGGUCUCUUAGAACAUAGACGCCGACCAAAGUCGGUCACUCUGCAUCAUCGCCAGGGUCCACAAGUACAAUCAAAGCAGUCGCCGAUUCCUGGCGGGAGAAUGAUUACAGAGGAUAUUCUGUUUGAUUUGGCAAGCGGCCUGUUGAAUCAGGUCAUCGCCGAAGCACGAGCAUGGCCAUGUGCGAAUUUGUCACUUAGCGUGGGUGGAUUCGAGGACGGGCCAGUUAACAAUAGAGCCAUAGAUAGCUUUUUCACUGCAGGGCCGGCCAUUUCCCACGCGGACUCAUCGCUUCCGAAGGACAUGAUAGCCGAAUCAUUGGAAGACACAAGCAGACCGACCAAAAUGAGGAAGACUACUACUACUACUACUACUACUGCCAAGGGUAUUGGAGAAUUCUUCAAGCGAAGCUCUCCAUCGUUGAUUGACUCUGUUGCAGACAAGGACUUGGAGAAUCAGCUGCAGUCAGAGUUUUCAGCCCACGAAAUGCCAAGCUUGGAUGCUGCUGGCGCAAGCAAUACGCCCACUGCUCCCAGAAUGCAUGUUGAGGAUUUUAGCCAGAUCUAUGGCUCAUAUACGUGUCCACGAUGUAAUGAAGAGGUUACCGAGGAUCAACGUGAUGAACACGACGACUGGCAUUUCGCCAAAGACCUCGAAGCUCAAGAGGUACGAGCAGAUCAGACUUCACGAAAAAUUGCUCAACAAUCAUCCAGACGGUUAAUUCCAGAUCGCAAAAGGACGGGAUCAGGCCGGUCCCGAGGAUCAGCUUCCAAGCCAGAGAAGGGUCAGAAGCAGUUGUUUUUUGGGUAA